UCGUAACAACCAGUCAAAUGCAGAGAAUUAAAAUUUGAGUCGUCAGAGAAGGUCCUUCUUCAAAUAGCAGAUUUGAAAUAGUGGUUAUGGGAACAGAUCAUCAGGAAAAUGUCUCUAAAUAUUGUUUUUAUUAUGUUUUUUUAUUUUAUUUAGGCAGGCGGCUAAGGAAAAGAGCUGCAAAGAAAGCCAAAAAGAAUGAUGACAGUGAUGAUGAUGGGGAGUCCAAUGAAUAUGACCUAGAGGACAGCUUCAUUGAUGACGAUGAGGAGGAGGAAGAAGACUUCACUGAUGAGGAUUCAGAGUGGAUGCCGGACUCUGAGGAAAAAGACAGUGAAGAUGUGAAACAGCUGGUAAAAGAAGCAAAGCGAUUUGUCAAAGGAAAACACUGAUGUCCAAUUUUUAUUCCCUUUUAAUGUUUGUAAUGUACAGAUAAGUUUAUAGCAGAUACUAUAAUAUAGAAAUUACUAUUUUGUUUCUUUUCAGAUCAUACAACAUAUUAAUAUGUUUAUACUAAGGUGAUAUAUUUGUUAUCUUACAAUAAAUACUCAUAGAGCAUUUGAAGCAAUAAAAAUAAUUGCAAAUCAA